CUGGCCAUUGCUGUUGCCAGUCUGCCCUCACAUCAGCCCGCACCGCAUCGCGGCCAGGAACAACCGUUGAAACUGUCGCCGGAACAUUCAACGAUAACAGAGAUUACACCGAUGAACGCGAACUGAGCGUGGUCGAGCAGAAUGGGGUCCUUCUUCAAGAAUCUGAGGUCUAAUAAUGGCCCAUUAUCACCCACGUCGAAUAUCAGCUCCCCCAAAAAGGACAACCAUGUAUUACCAAUCACACCUUUGGAGAAGAUGUUGCAGGACUCGGGUCCCGUGCGAGCUGACGGCAGCGAUAAGUUCUUUGGCAUGGAAAAUUAUGGAAAUACAUGUUAUUGCAACUCUAUCCUACAAUGCCUCUAUUAUUCGGUCCCCUUCCGAGAAUCGGUGAUAAACUAUCCGAAGCGAACACCGAUCGAAUCCCUCGAAAUGGCACUUGCCAGAAACUUGAGAUACCAGAGUCCAGAAGCGUUUUUCGAAGCCGAAGCAGCCGCUGCAAAAGCAAAACAUAACGCCGGUCAAUCGUCAUCUCGCAACGCAGGCGUGACUCCUACCCAGCCUCCCAAACCUGAAGAUAAGGACUCGCCGGAAUAUAAGAAAAAGGUUGCGAUUCAGACGCUACCUCUUCUCGAGACCAAAGAUAACUCGGCGAGUUACGGAAUGUCGGAGUCGCUGUUCACGUCGCUAAAAGAUCUUUUUGAGAACGUGGUGGCAAGUCAGUCAAAGCUUGGCGUCGUUAGACCUCAACAUUUUCUCGAGGUUCUUCGUCGUGAGAACGAGAUGUUUCGCACUGCAAUGCACCAAGAUGCGCACGAAUUCCUCAAUCUCCUGCUCAACGAGGUGGUCACAAACGUGGAAGCCGAGUCGGCGAAGCAAAUUGAGAAUCCCCCCGUCGAGACUACCGAUUCUGAGCAGACGGUAGCCGUGACGGAUUCGUCUACCAAUUCGACAGGAACACAAGUGAAUGGGUCUACAGGGUCAAAAACACCUAAUACAACCCGCUGGGUGCAUGAAUUGUUUGAGGGGACAUUAACAUCAGAAACGCAGUGCCUGACCUGCGAAAAAGUGUCGCAACGAGAUGAAGUUUUCUUAGAUUUAUCGGUCGAUUUAGAACAGCAUUCAUCCGUUACAUCGUGUCUGCGGAAGUUUUCCGCCGAGGAAAUGCUUUGCGAAAGAAACAAAUUCCAUUGCGACAAUUGUGGAGGUUUGCAAGAAGCCGAGAAACGUAUGAAAAUAAAGCGAUUACCAAAGAUCCUUGCUCUGCAUCUGAAGCGAUUCAAGUAUACGGAAGAUCUACAGAGAUUACAAAAGCUGUUUCACCGGGUCGUCUAUCCCUAUCACCUUCGCUUAUUCAAUACUACAGAUGAUGCCGAAGAUCCAGAUCGCCUUUACGAGUUAUAUGCGGUGGUCGUGCAUAUUGGUGGCGGCCCAUAUCACGGACAUUACGUGUCUAUCAUCAAAACAGAAGAUCGGGGCUGGUUGCUGUUCGAUGAUGAGAUGGUGGAACCAGUAGACAAGAGCUACGUGCGCAACUUCUUCGGAGACCGCCCAGGACUCGCUUGCGCUUAUGUUUUAUUCUAUCAAGAAACCACUUUGGAGGCUGUUCAACGAGAACAAGAGCAAGAAGGCUACAGCGCGGCUGGGGCUGCAGAUUUAAGAGAAGGAAACCUUUCAUCGCCCCUCAAUCAUAUCCACACUUAUACAGGACCCAGCGAAGAUGAAGCACAUCAUUUUGCUCCUUUGAGAACCGUUCCCACUGCGCCUCAAAUGUCAACUCAUCCAGAACAUGCCUUCUCAACAAGUCCGCCGGCACCUCCUGUGCCACAGAUUCCGGUAGAUACCGGGGUCAGUAAAAAGAGCGAAGGACAGUCUCGAAAGGAACGCGUGAAAGAAGAAAAGGGACGGAAAGCGGCUGAGAAGGAGAAAGAAAAAGCCGAUAAGCAAAAACGCAAGGAACAAGAGGCCAAGCGGAGGGAAGAUCUGAAGCGUGAGGAUGCCGACAUGAAAGCCGCCCUUGAGCUCAGUAAGGCGUCAAAAGCGGAGGAAGAUCGAAAGACAAGUUCAGACAACGGAGAGAACGGACAACACAAGAUGUUGACUGGCAGUUUAAAUCGGUUCCGUCGGAGCAGUAAGAGCCUGAGUCAUAGAUUUGCAUCACCGAAGGACGGCAGCAAGAGGGCCGCGUCUUCGGAAUUUUCACGCUCGGAUAUCGUUUCGGACAAUGGACAUCCUCCGGAUAUGAAGUUACAUGAGCAUGUCAUUGAGGAGGAUGUCCCAACGGAAUCGAAUAAUCAUAGCACCAUCCCGCAAACAGUCACACAGAUCCACGAGCUCGUUCCCAAAUCCAAGGCCGACAAACCUGAUAAAGACAAGGGUAACAAAUGGAAGGGUUUUGGAAUUAGGAAAAAAUCAAUGAGUCUACUAGGCUGAUUUAUUAUUAUGAUUUAUUCCAGGCAAUGAAUGACAGAUUCUGGUACAUAUUUCCAAAGCAUACGAUAAAGUUUUGAAUCUCUUCUUUUUGGAUAAAAAAAAAGAAGAUCGGUUCGAUCUGGUCACUACAAAACUAUCUAUCCUAUUCAUACUCUCUGUCUCAUGUCCGGUGUGUAUACCGUCGUCGCCCUGGAUAAGAUUGCAGGGAAGAACUACCUCCUGGUCCUUAACGCAAGGACAACGAUUGAAUACCCUUUUGUGUUAGGAUGUUUCCAUUAGUAUGGCGUAUCUUGGUAUCAUGACGGCUAAAUAACUUCGUAUCUGUAUUUGUUACUAUUCUAUUCAUCGACUAGUGUUUGUUGUUGUUUUGCAAUCCAAACUUGAAAAU